AUGGCGGGUUGGUGGCGGGCGCUGCCGCGGGCGGUCCGGCGCUACCCGUGGCCCACGAACGUGCUGCUCUACGCCACGCUCUUCUCAACCGGCGAUGCGUUGCAGCAGCGGCUACAGGGUGGCCCGUCCGACUGGCGCCAGACGCGGCGCGUGGCCACCGUGGUCGUGGUCUUCCAUGCCAACUUCAACUACGCGUGGUUGCGCCUACUGGAGCGCGCGCUGCCGGGCCGCGCGCCGCGCACCAUCCUGGCCAAGGUGGUGUGUGACCAGACGAUCGGAGCACCCAUCGCCGUCUCGGCCUUCUAUGCUGGUAUGAGUAUUCUCCAAGGGAAGGAUGACAUAUUUUUGGACUUGAAACAGAAAUUCUGGAAUACAUAUAAGAGCGGUCUGAUGUACUGGCCUUUUGUCCAGCUGACCAACUUCAGCCUUGUUCCCAUUCACUGGCGAACAGCCUACACCGGACUCUGCGGCUUUGUCUGGGCCUUCUUCCUUUGCUUUUCACAACAAAGUGGUGACGGCACAUUGAAGUCUGCUUUUACCUUCUUCCGAGUAAAGGAGGCCAAUGCAGUUGAAAGGCCCCAAGAGAAAUGA